CUCUCUCGCAUACAUUCUCACACACAGGCGUAUAUCUCUGCUCCUACUCUCUUCUCAUUCAUGGUUCAUUCGAUUCCAUUCAUCCCACUUUUUUUACCUCUUCACUCUUGACUCUUCUUCCUUGCUUCUGCCUUCUCUCCUUCCCUUUCUUCUUCCGCUCUUUUCAACAGAAAAAAAUCUCCAGAAUUCGAUACAUCAAGACAUGGGUGCUGUUCAGUCCUUAUUCGACCACGAAAAUGAAAUUGCUGCUGCAGCUGAAACAGGCAGGCAGCAAAGCAUGACUGACCAAAAGAACCUUUCCUGGGGCAGUACGAAGCUGCAUAAAAGCAUGGCUUCAAAGUUCACGGAACUUGAGAUGCUUUCUCUGCGUACUGUUCUUCAGCAACUCCAGCAGAAACAGGACAAGGCCAUCCGACAACAGGCUGCAGUUGAAGCGAAUGCUUCCCAAACAAAGAAGGACAUCCGUCCUGUCUCUGGGAUCACCGAAGCGACCUUUGUGGAAUAUCUUGAUAUUCCUGGUAACAGCCGUGCAGCACAGCUGCUUUUCCGUUCAUUUUACAAUCUUUCAGUGUAUCCUGAUCACCCAGAAACAUUGCGGAGCCAAGGGCUACCCAAGGUUCUAACAGCUCGUGAUUUCAUCAAGCCUUUGGCAUUGUAUUGUCAGAAAGUAAGCGAAGGCACAUUUGUGGAUCUCAACCCCCUCAAAGUUAUCUUUGAGUCUUUUGCUGCCACAGUCCCCAAAGAGCAAGACUCCGCCCAGGCCCAUGGGAGCGACAACAACGUGAACAAUACCAAUACUGACGCCGAUACCUUAUCGUCAUUGGGAGGAGAAGGCUCACUACAUCGUUCAAAGACAAUAGAGGAUUCGCUUAAAGAACUGACGCUGCAAUGGGAUCCAGAAGAUGAAGAAGAUGUAGAUAGUGGUCCCAAGGUGGAGGCAUUAGAUCUGGUCGAAGUCCUCGAUGGUUUAUUCUGCCUUAUCGAACAAGUGCUCCAUUAUACUGAAAGCAAUGACAAUGGUAGCCCAACAAAUGAUUCAGCUGCAGAAUCACAUUCUGUAUCCAUUACCACAACAACUAUAGGAUCUCAUCGACAUCGAGCUCUAAUAAUGGUAGAGCAUCUUAUUCAGUACAGCAAAGCCUCGUCAUCCAAAGGAAUCAACACGCCUCUUGAUUUGACUUCAGAGCUCAUUGAUUUUGCCAUGUUUUCAAAAUAUGUCUCGCGAAACAUUCCUAAUCUCUUCCAAGUACUCUCACCCUACUUUUACAAUCUCUUUCUCAUCGGUAAUACCCUCCGACCAACAGGAUCCAACACCAACACUAGCACCGCAGGAAAGUAUAUUCUACCCGGGGUCUCUCCGAUCCCUAAAAUGAGUGCGCCCUCAACCAUUCUGACGCCAGAGACUAUUGCCCUGGUCUCAUGGUUUCUCCCACUCAGUAAGACAACGCCCACAAUGACUCUGCUUUACGCAGGAAGUCAGCAUGGAUUCAGCAUGAGCCAAUUUGAAAGUCAUGUUUGUAAAUAUCCGGCACCAACUUUGCUUUUAUUGCUGGUCGAACGCCGAAAAACCGCGGCUCCUACUUCAAAUAGAAGAAAAUCCAUCUCAUUUGGCUCUGCAUUAUCGCACCAUGCGCCUUCAUAUAAUGCACAAUUGAGUGUUGAAAGCUCCAAAUGGCCUUCUGACCGACACUCAUCGUCAUCAUCAGAGGGUCUUCCUAUCAAUGUAGCCCCAAGACCAAUAGUUCGGAAAGAAAGACUAGUCUUGGGCGCUUAUGUGUCAGAGACAUGGAAGGUUUCUAAAACAGGAUGGGGCAAUGAUUCAUUUGCACUUUUUGAGUUAUCACCAUGGUUCGAAGUUUUUCCGGCCAAAGUAACAAAUUCCUCAACGACUGCAGCUAAUAAAGGCCCACCACGGUCAUUACCUGCUCGAACGAGUCCAAGGCAGGCAAUGGGCUCAGGCGGAGCAGCAGCAAAUCAACAAAAACGGGAUUAUAUUCAUUUCCUCAAAAACGUUGGCAUUGGCUUUGGAGGACAAGAAUCCAACAGUUGCUUGUUGUUUAUGGAUGAUGACAAUUUUCAGUACGGUAGCUACCGACAAGAUUUUGCGGGGGGUAAUGUGUAUAUGAAUGCAGGGGGAGAACGACAGUUGGGAUUUGAGAUUGAUUUCGAGGUGAUUGAAUGUGAAGUUUGGGGAUUGGGUGGACCUGAAGCGAAGGCGCGACAGAAGAAAGAGUGGGAUUUUGAGCAGCGUGAGGCUAAUCGACGCGCGACAAUCCAUCUACGUAGUAAGGAUGGAGAACAGGACAUUGAUAGAGAUUUACUGGAAAUGGCAGGGGUGCUUGAUCCGGAUCGCGGACAUCGCCAUGCGCGACGCCAAAGUGCGGUAUAAUCUAGACAGGCUGGAGAUUUUUUAAGGCUGCAUGUAUUAAGGUUUUUUUAUAAACCGUUGCGCAGGACUGAAAGUAAACGAGAUUCCUCCUCAGCCAAGCAGCCAAGGCAAUCAAUCCACAAGUAUUAAGUAUUUAAUAAAUUAAACUAAAGUUUUUUCAGUCGCAUCGAAGACGAUCGAAAUAAAGUAGACAAUACAGAA